AUGGCCAGCAUGGCGGUUCAGCUGCUCGGCUUCUUCUUAGGACUGCUGGGCUUCGCGGGGACCGUCGUCGCCACCGUGCUCCCCCACUGGCGCAGCACGGCCUACGUGGGCUCCAACAUCAUCACGGCCACCACCCAAAUGAAGGGCCUGUGGAUGGAGUGCGUCUGGCACAGCACCGGCAUUUACCAGUGUGAGCUGUACAGAUCUCUGCUGGCGCUGCCGCGGGACCUGCAGGCUGCCCGGGCGCUCAUGGUGCUCUCCUGUGUCACCUCAGUCCUGGCCUCUCUGGUCUCGGUGAUGGGGAUGAAGUGCACCCGCUUCGCCCGUGACUCCUUGAUCAAAUCUCCCCUGGUGCUGAGUGGGGGGAUCUGCUUUCUCUGCGCUGGCCUCCUCUGCCUCAUCACCGUGUCCUGGACCACCAACGACGUCAUCGUGGAGUUCUACGACCCUUUCCUUCCCAGCGGGCUGAAGUACGAGAUCGGCCUGGCCGUGUACCUCGGCUACGCCUCGGCCUGCCUCAGCCUGGCUGGCGGCCUGGUGCUGUGCUGGAGCAGCAGCGCCGACAGGUCACGGAGCGCCCUGCAUAGGCAGAGGAGUCAACCAUCGUCCCCUCCCCCUCCCUUCAACAACAUAUAUCCCCCUGCCCCGCUCUACAAGCCCCCAGAAGCCCUAAAGGACAAUCACGCUCCCUCACUUUGCUCCCUUUCCAGCAACGGCUAUCGGCUCAAUAACUAUGUCUGA